AGAUUAAGGUUAUAUUAAUUGGGGUCCGAAGCAUUCUAUGAAUGGAUACAGUCUUGAAGCAGAAAUAUUUUUAUUCAAAUAUAUUUUAAGAAUGUUUUAAGUAAACGCGUAGGGAGUUUCGAUUCUCUAGUAAUUUGUGACAGUUAUAUAUAUCUACCUAUCUAGAAAGAGAAGAGAGAGAUAUUUAUAUAUAAAAAUAUAUAUAUACACAGAAGGACAUAACCUUAAUUAAAAUAUUUCGAAUUUAAAAAAUGCCUCGUUUACCAUUACAUCCUUCCUCAGGUACAGGGAUAGUGACUAAAUAUGGAAAAUCUAUUAGAUUUGCCCGAUAUGGUUGUGCAAACAGACCGUUCUACCAUAUUGUCGUUAUGGAUACAAAAUUAGCGGAACAUAGGCCUCCUAUUGAACAAUUAGGUUCUUAUGAUCCAAUACCAAACAAAUACAAUGAGAAAUUAAUUUCAUUUAAUUUUGAAAGAAUACAAUAUUGGCUUGGGCAACGAGUAGCUAUUUCUACACCAGUCGCUGAGUUGUUAGGCUUAGCAGGUUUCUUCCCUAUUCAUCCAAGAACUUACAUGACAGCAUGGAGAAAUAGAAAAGCUAGAGAAAACUCUGAAGUAAAUAAAGAAGCAGAGAAACAAACAGUUACUAAUUAGAUUCUUUAUAAUUUUUUGUAUGUAUUGAUUUAUGUAAAUAAUAAGUAAAUAAAUAAAUAAAAAUAAGCACAC